AUGUUGCCUACCUGGAACGCUGGGACGUCAGCCAACGCAGGGAUCAUGGGGAAGGCCAAAGCCGCCGCGAGACGCGGGCUCUGCGGCACCGACGCCGCAAGCCUUCCUCGGUUCUCCAAGGACCCCAAAACGCUACUGCGGAAGGUCGUCCUGUACCGGGGGGACAUUACAGAACUGAAUGUAGACGUCAUUGUCAACGCGGCGAAUCACUCCCUUCUGGGCGGUGGAGGCGUGGACGGAGCCAUCCAUCGAAAAGCCGGCCCCCAGCUGCGGGCCUUCAACCGAACACUUGGCGGAUGUAAAACGAGCGAAGUGAAGGCCUCGCCGGCGUUUCAGCUCGCAUGCAAACAGAUCUUCCACACCGUCGGGCCACGGGGCGAGCACCCUCAGGCUCUUCGCAUGUGCUACCUUAACGCCUUGGAACUUCUGAAGAAAGCGAACUUCCGCUCGAUUGCCUUCCCCUGUAUUUCGACGGGCGUCUACGGAUACCCGCAGCUCGCUGCCGCUCAGAACGUCACCGACUGCGUGACAAAGUGGCUGAAGGUCCCUGCAAACUUCGAAUCCGUUGACUUCAUCGUCUUCUGCGUCUUCGAGCGGCAGGACUACAUCUAUUAUGAACAGCUGCUUUCAAAAGUCAAAUGUCGCGCGUCUGUGGCGAUCUCCAGCGUCUUCGCUCCGCGCACAGUCCCAACGGAGGAGUCGGUGGCUUCUCUCUCUGAAGCCACGGAAGGCCUUGUGGCGGAGGACGUUCACGACGCCGCCGCGCCCAGCAUUCCAGCCGCGCGUGCUGAAGACGCAGGAGAUUCCGGGGACGGCGACGAAGAGUCAGAACGUCCGUGCCGAAUGCAGUCUGCAGGCGCGGGCGGAGAGCAGGCGCCCUGGGGCGGGUCGUGGGUGCUGUGCGGAGGCGGCGAAGACGCCACCCGAGAGGAGGAAGACGGGACUGGAGACGACGCGGACGACAAAACCCGGGUGUUUGAGUACAGGGGAAACCAGGAGGGCAUGGAGCUGCAGCCGCUGAAGAGCGCGCUGGUCAAAGAGGCCAGCGGCGAGAGCUCACCGACCAGCCCCGAGCGCAGCAGCGAUGGAAAGAACGAGGGCGACGGCGGCGACUGGCGGGCACGCCGGCAGUCGAUGGACGCUGCUGGGGAGGGCGGGGAGCGCCACAAGCGGCGCGCCUCUGUCGAUGAAGAGGAGGAAGACGACGAGCACGACGACUACGUGACCGAGCACGAGCGUCGCGCCGUCAGACUGGUGGAAAGGAAGGAGGACGCAGACGGCCGGCGCAGGAAGAACGAGCGAAAGGACCGGAGGGAGAAGAAAGACCGACAGAAGAAAGAGACAGCGAGACGACGCGUGAGCGAAGCCUUUGUGCGCCACGUGCAGGAACGGGUCGACGCAGAGCAACGCGUGCGACUGCGCGUGGUGUCGCCGGAUUUCCCUGUCGCGGAACGUGCGCCCGAUGCCGCGGCUGUACCCGAUGCGGAGGGACAGUUGAGUACUCUCCCUCCUGCGCAGGACGAGAUUGCGGUCUCUGUGAACCGCGAGGCAAGCGCAUAUCCUCAGAAACCCCAGGAGCCGAAGGAGAGCGCGUCUCAAUCCUUGGACGACGACAAGUCAGCCGCUGUGUUUCCAGCGGCGACCCCAGCGGAGCCUUCAGAUGAGCCAAGUCCUGCAGCUCGGGAAGAUAGCUUGCGAGGGGCGAAGAACGGCAAAAGGCAGAAGGGGAAGCCGGCGCUCGCUGAGAGCUCACUCGGCGCCCCUCUUCCGCCCGUGGUCUCGUCUCAGGCGUCAGCGUUGCUCCAGGAACCUUCCUCAUCCGUUCAGGAGACGGUUGGCACAGAGGCAGUCUCUGCGGAGUCCUCUGCACGGGCUCAGGACUUUCCCGCGAAGCGUGUAACUCCGACAGGGAAGACGAACCCGCACACAGCUGGAAGCGAGGAGGCGCGCAGCCCACAGGCCAUGAAGAGCGAGCGGAACAGGCGUCGCCGGCGGAAUAGCGCGAGUUCUCAGGGCUCGCCAGGGAUGCUGCUGACGCCGUCUCAGAACGCCGAGAAGGGGUGCACCGAGCGGAAGGCGGCGCAUCGUAAGCAGGCCGACCUAGAGAGUGGCAACGCACCGCACUGCCCUAUGGACGCCCUUGAUCUGCCGCCAGUAGAUCCUCUUUCGGACAGUCCGCAUGCGGGUCUGGCGCGGGUGAAUCAGGAAAUGCGGGAUCCGGAUGCUGCAGAGAAGCUGGGUCGCCUGCAGCAAUCCCAAGCCGCCGAUCUCGGUGACGUCGCUUCAGCUGCCAACGCACCGGCGAGCGCUGCUGCUGAGGCACGCCACAGCAAGCGCCAGUUCAGCUCAGUCUCCUUGCGGCAAAGCGACGACAGCGGAGGCGCCGCGGCGGCGCGAAACCAACGUCACAAAAAGUUUGACAAGAAAGAACAGAAGCAGCGGCACUCGUGA